AUGGCUUCGUUGGCGAGUUCAGUGGCUGCGAUGAGUGUUUCGACAGAGGGAAUAUCAGCGGUAUCGUCGGAAUCUGAAGUACAGAGAUCGGUCAGUUUUGAAUUGGAAUUGCACCGAAAUAUUGUUGAAAUGUUUUGUUUCUUUGCGCUUAUUUAUCUUGAAAUUGAAAAUUUUCAUUUUGGUUAUCUUGAAACUGUCUUGAAAACUGUCUCGAGAAAAAAUUAA